UUGUUGUUGAGUUUGUUUACAAGUUUAUUGAACAAGUUGAGAAGUUGUUUUGUUCACAUUCAUGAUUAUUUUUGAAGUAAGAUGAUAACAAGAUACAUUAAUGUUACAUUCCAUUGUUUAGGUUACAUAACGUGUUGAACACACAUAAUUUAUAUUGGAAAAUUGGAGAGCUUACUUCUACAAACGAAGCUAAUUUCCAAAUAUAAUUAACUUGUUAAGUAAAUGACCUUCGGAAGAUUAUUUAAAUAGUGAUAGCAGCGUUUUGACGACAGUUUAUCGAACCGUACCCACCUCCAUAAUCAGUAAAUAGCUCGUCACUGAGGCUCGGGCCUCUGUAACGUACGUAAUUAUCUGUAGCCCACACGAACUGUGAUAACGAUAAAACUGAUUGCGCUUUGAUAUAAUUACUCUUUACUACCAAAUCUGGGCCUAUUAUCAUCAUGUCUUACAUAAAGCAGAUGAAUCGAAUUUGCCAAACUUUAAACCUCAAAUACUCAGCAAGGUUCAAUCAUGCACGGGUACUUAAAGAUGACAUUCAAAGGCAGCAGAUCAAUAAAGUGCUCAUCGCAAACCGCGGUGAGAUCGCUUGCAGGGUUAUGCAUACUUCGAAGAAGUUGGGCAUUCGGACCGUAGCCGUGUACUCGGAUGCCGAUAAACAUGCAAUGCAUGUUGAAAUGGCUGAUGAAGCAUAUCACAUUGGGCCAGCAGCUUCAACACAAAGUUAUCUGAAUGCAGCAAAAAUACUUGAAGUGGCAAAGAAAUCCAACAGUCAAGCCAUUCAUCCCGGCUACGGUUUCCUCUCUGAAAAUGUGGAGUUCUGCGAAAAGUGUUCUGAUGAAGGAGUCAUAUUUAUUGGUCCCCCACCUAAAGCUAUCAGAGAUAUGGGUAUCAAGAGUACAUCAAAACAUAUCAUGUCAAGUGCUGGGGUGCCCAUUGUAAAAGGUUACCAUGGAGAGGAACAGAGCAUUGAAAAACUACAGGCUGAAGCUCAGAGGAUUGGGUUCCCACUGAUGAUCAAGGCAGUCAGAGGAGGAGGUGGUAAGGGUAUGAGAAUCGCCAUGACGGAAGCAGAUUUCUUGCCACAACUGGAGUCCGCCAAGAGAGAAUCGCUGAAAUCUUUUGGAGAUGACAACAUGUUACUUGAACAGUACAUCACAGAUCCUAGGCAUGUGGAAGUGCAGGUGUUCGCUGACAAGCACGGCAAUGUAGUCCAUUUGUUUGAGAGAGACUGUUCUGUUCAGAGAAGGCAUCAGAAAAUCAUAGAAGAAGCACCUGCGCCCGGUCUCAGCGAAGAGACCCGUCGGUCUCUGGGCGAGGCGGCGGUGCGAGCAGCUAGGGCUGUGGGCUACGUAGGCGCAGGCACCGUGGAGUUCAUCCUGCAUAGACAGACGCACGAGUUCCACUUUAUGGAGAUGAACACUCGGCUGCAAGUCGAACAUCCUAUCACUGAGAUGAUUACUGGUACGGACUUAGUAGAGUGGCAACUAAGAGUAGCAGCCGGUGAGCCGUUACCUCUAACCCAAGAGGAGAUCAUCCGCCGCGGACAUGCAGUGGAGUGUCGUAUCUACGCGGAGGAACCAGGUGCAGGGUUCCUACCUCGCGCGGGCACUUUGCAUCGCCUCACGCAGCCUACCAAGGAGCAACAUGUUAGGGUAGAAACCGGCGUCCGUGAAGGCCAGGAAGUAUCAGUGCAUUACGACCCAAUGAUCGCAAAGCUGGUGGUGUGGGGCCGCGACCGCAAUGAGGCGCUGGCCAAGACCAGGGCCAAGCUCUCGGAAUACAAAGUAGCCGGUCUAGAAACCAACGUGAACUUCCUACUACGCCUGAGCGGCGCCAAAGCGUUCGUAGAGGGUGACGUCCACACCGCCUUCAUACCACAGCAUGAAGCGGAGCUGUUCCCACUGACUAGUGAACCCGCUGUGGAAGAAAAAGCCAUCCAAGCUGCUCUUGGUUUUAUUUUAAACGCCCAAAGACAACAAGCAGUAAAUGACAGUUGGAAGGGAAUCUCCGUAGAACCAGCCGGCUGGAGGCCCAACUACCAGCUCAAAAAAACGAUUCCACUCAGGUUUGACGAAAAAGACUUGAAAGUGACAGUAGAAUACGGCAGCGCCCCCAACACCUACAAAGUUCAAGUGAACGACGGCGAGUGGAAGCAAGUCGAGGCGUCUCUGAGCAACAACGAACAAGGGCUGCAGCUCUACACGCUACUCGGAGACAAGACCACCAAAGUCGGCUUGCUGACGUUUGAGAACGAAGUACACAUGUAUGACGAGAACGGCCAGACAGUUCUCAAAGUGCCGCUGCCCAAGUACCAAGCCGCCGGCGGCGCCGACGCAGCCGCUUCUGCUGACAGCGCGAGCUCACCCACGCCUGGCAUUCUGGAACGAGUCAUGGUGCAAAAGGGAGACAAGGUAGUGAAAGGUCAGCCUCUAUUCGUAGUAAUAGCGAUGAAGAUGGAAUACGUAGUUCGUUCGCCGCGAGAUGGCGUGGUCUCCGGGCUUGCGUCGGUCAAACUCGGCGAUCCGGUCGGCAAAGGCGCACAAAUUGUUACGCUAGAAGGAGAAAAUUGAACAGAAAUAUCCAAACAAUCCAAAGUAAUAGUCAAAGCAUUUAAUUAGAGUAUAUAAGACUUAAUGGUUCACAUUCCUUUAGUUAAUUGACAAGCGACAUCGACUUCUACCAAAAUUUUAAUAUCUAGCUGUCCUUGUCGCUCAUAUCAGCAUUUCGCUACGACAGAGAAGGAUUUAAAAAUCCAAAAAUAUGAAACCGCUGUCAAAGAGUACCCUAGUUGGUGUAUUCUAACCGAAGUCAUCGUUUUAAUUUAGUAUGUAAGUUUAAACUAUUUAGAUCAAAGAUGUACAAAAUGAAUUCUUUAAGAAUAUCUGAAUUUAUUCUAAGUCUUCCAAAAACUAUGUUCAUUUUAGUAAUGAUAGUAAUUGUGUUAUUGACUUGCCAUCAAUAUGUGCCUUUAAAUAAAUAUUUUAAUUUUUAUAAUACAUAUUAGAUCAGAAAGCACACGGGUGAAAUUAUGUGAUAAUGUUAAAUAAUAUUGUUGU